CCAUAAUGGCGGAAAUAACGCGGAGCUAACAAUCCGGCAAACGUUUUAGAAAGGCACAUAAACAUUUCUCAUUCUGUAUUCAGCUCAAAUGGCAGAAGAUGUUAAGAAACGUCAGUGAAAAAUGGUUCAUUAUAAUUGACGCGGGCAACUAGUGAAGGAGUGACACCGCCCGUACGAACCGCAAGGAUAUUAAAAACGAACGACGAGCUCUCCGUGCCAUCCGCGGAAGAAAUUAACAGGACACACACAUCUUCCACUCCCAAAUGAUGAUGGAUACUACACUCUGACCAGCAAUUUGUAUACACUCAUCCUGAAAGUGAGCCACACACAGGCGUGUGCACAGGAUAAUAUAUUUAUUGGCAUUUGAAUUAAAAGGCUGAAGUUAUUGCAAGAUGGAGAACUGCAGCUUCCAGAGCCAGCUACUGUCCGUCAUGGAGGUCCUGGCCAAGGCGGCUGUGGCGGAGAUAAACCGGCGUGUGGAUGACAGCUGCGCGGUGCUCCGGCUGGAGGUGAGCCAGAGCCGGCGGGACAUCGACCUGCUGAAGAGCAAGUGUGAGGUGAUGGAGGCAGAGCUGAGGAGGACCCGGAUGAGAGCCAGGAGGAAAGUGUUUUAUCCUCCAGCAGGUGAGAGAUUUUCUCCUUUAGUCAAAGUAUUGUUGAAUAAGGAGAGACAGAGCGCAGACUGGGUCAGACAGAUGGAUGCCGAGGCUCAAAAUCAACCCCAGCAGUGUGCAGACACGGAGCCUGCUAAUGAAGCUGAACAUGUACAGAUCAAAGAGGAGUGUGCAGAGGAGGACAUGUGGAAGAAUGACCCAGAGGACAAACUGACCCGUGGAGCUGAACAGCCACCGUGUUUCAAAGCCUCACAACCUGCCCAGACUGACAGCUUUGGAGACCCUUACCACUCAGCUGAGGACCCAUCAGACCCGGGAUCUCUCGUUUCCCCAACAGACGGCUACGAUACUUUCACAGAACAGCAGCUGAACACAAACCAAAGUGGGACAGAACUCAUUGUGAAACACGAGAAAGAGGAAGAACCCGAUGAGAACGCAGCUCCGCUCGGUUCAGGCCACAAAUUUGUGACAGAGGAAGGGGACAAUCGGCUGUGGUCGUCAAAUCUGUGCAGAGAUGCUGGUGAUCCGAGCUUCUCCUAUGCAGGGCAACAGUAUGAGCAGAUUCCCACAGUGUUCACACCUCACACUGGCCUGCAUUUAGAGGAUAUGGUACCCAGAAUUCACUCAGCAGGGAAAUCGUGUUCUGUUGUGGUGAAUACAGCACGAGCGAAAAGACGAACCAGAACGUUUGGAUGUAAAAGACCACAGACAGAUGAGGUACACAGUGCGUUAUCCCAGAUUAACUCCGUGGAUCAAAGCUCGAUUCCUCAGCACUCGCACCAUCAGUACAGAGACUCUGCACCUCCUGUGAGGAACCCAGUUGAGGAUCUGAUGGCUCCAAAUCCAGCAGCCUCCUCCCUCUGUGGGCACAGCCGCAGCGGCUUCAGCCUCACGAGGAGGAUGCGGACGCCAUGGAGGUCCAGCAUUGGUGAGAAGAGGUUCAGCUGCACAUAUUGCGACAAAAGCUUCAUGAGGUUCAGUCAGCUCAAAGAGCACCUGAGGAGUCACACGGGGGAGAAGCCAUUCAGCUGCCUGCAGUGCGGCCGGAGCUUCACCAAACAGUGCAACCUUAUCAGACACGCGGUGGUCCACAGCGGGGAGAAGCCCUACGAGUGCUCUCUGUGCGGGAAGUGCUUCACUCAGCGCUCCAGCCUCAAGUCUCAUCAGAAAACAGCACACUGAGUUUAGACUGGUUUAUUUUAUACAUCUGAUUGCUGUGCUUGGUAACUUAAAGAAACAUUCCAAGUUCCAACUCCAAAGUCUUUAACUGGAGCUGGGAAAAUAUUGAUAAAACUGUUGUAGUAGAUUAAUCUUACUUUUUUUGAUCAAUCAAUUAAUUGUUUUGUCUUCAAAAUGCCAGAAAAAAGUAAAACAUUUCCAUUCUUGUCUCCAACAGACCAUGGUGACAUCCUCAGAUGUCUUGUUUUGUCUGAGCAACAGUCCAAAACCCAAAGAUGUUCAGUUUAUUAUCAUGUGACAGAAAAGUAUCAAAUGAUCAUAUUUGAGAAUGUUUGAUUAAUUGAUGAAUCGACUAAUCACUGAAGCCCUGAUUAAGCUUAAAGUGGUUUUAACUACAAAUCAUGUGUACUUUCAAAUGAAUGCCAUAGUAUUUUCUCUAUUGUUCGCAAAACCACUGGUUUGGUCCUUGAAAUGUUUUUGAAGGCUCCAUUACUGUUUAAUGAUGCAGAGCUCAUCUGUUUUAACUGAGUUAAAGCAACAAUGAGCACCUCAACUAUUUUGGUCAACAUAUAAAUGUUACUAAUGUCAUUUCUAUUAUAUCUUGUGUAUAAAUAUCUUUGGAAAAACA